AUGGUCUACUCCGACGCCUCCUUCGCCGAUGAUCUGGUAUCUCGGAGAUCGGUGGGAUCCUACGCAUCAAUGCUCGCUGGCGGCGCUAUCUCAUGGCAUUCAAAACAGCAGUCCAUGAUUGCUACUUCAACUACCGAGGCCGAGAUCCUAUCUACAUCCUCAGCCACUCGUGAAGCAAUCUGGCUCCGUCGCUUGGCAGGUGAUGUCGGGAUUCCCCAGUCUGGUCCCACCAUCAUCCAAGAGGACAAUGCGGCGUGCAUCCAGAUUCCAGAUCGCCAAGGAUCCUGUCGACCACAUGCGUACCAAGCACUUCGACAUUGCUCAUCUUGUUCGGGAGCGUGUUGCUUCUGGCGAGGUCGAGCUCGAGUACUCUACCCACGCCAACGCUGCGGAUAUGAUGACCAAGCCUCUGGGACCUCAGCGCUUCGAUCAACUCCGUAGCGUUGGCGUGGGUAGGACAGUACUCGACCUCGACCUCGCCAGAAGCAACACGCUCCCGAACAAACAGAUGAGCAAUGUCGAAGUGCUUGGUACGCAUGUGGUCGACAGGAUCCUUGGCGAUCUGGAUGCACGCCGCAUUGUCCUCUUGGAUGAUGGUGGGACCAGACUGGGGAAUCAUCAUGCAUCAUCGUGCUGA